AUGACGGAACCUCAUUAUUUAGAUCCCAAGUUUAUGAAGAACUACGACGCGUUGACAGCGAAUAAUCCUCAUGCCAGUGACCCUCGCUUUUUGCAGAUGAACCAAUUUAAUCAUUGCGCCUACAGAUAUACAAUGUUUUGUCGGUGUGUACGGGAACUAGGGGAAGAUAAUCCUCGUUGCAAGUUUCAGUAUUAUCGAGCUCAAAUUGCCUGUACAGCUGAGCAGCUGGAGGACUGGGAUGAUCACAGACAAAAAGGAACAUGUGCCAUGGAUGUUCUUCCUGAUCGAUUAACUGCCCACAUGAGACAGUGA